AUGUCGAAUAAAGAUAAUGAUUCUGUUGAGAAGGAAGAUAAGAAAGAUUUUUAUUAUAGUAAUCAAGAUGACGAUAGUACAUGCAGCACUGAACCAACCAGCGAUGACACUGAAAGUACUAUGAGUCUAUAUGAGUCGAAUGAAUUCGAUCUCGCUAUCAUGAGUUUGGCGGCUCUUAAUAAUAAUCGUCAAAAUGUCAUUUCGACUAAUCAUUCCGAGCAAUCAUCUACCGGUGAAAUCCAAGAUGAUGACGAUGAUGAUAGUAGAAGUGAGUCAAUUAGUGAUAAUAACAAUAAUCCACCAAAUCUCAUUUCGACAACCAAUAAAACCCAAGCGUACUCAUCUCAGAGAACAAAGAAAAAAGUAUAUAAACCAGGGCCACUUUCAGUAAAAAAAAAGCGAGGACUACUAAAAAAUACCACACGAAAUAUGAUAAAGCGUCCACGCGAAGGUUACAUUGAUCAAGACAAAUCGACUGAUCCUUCUACACCAUAUUACAUUCUGCCAUCUCUUGGCGUGCAUUCUAGCGUGUACGCAUUAUACAAUGAAUGGUAUGUCGGUUUGCACGGAAUGCCAUCAAUCCGACAAUUAAUUCUCGUGUAUGGACACGAAUGGGUAAAAGAGAAUAAAGGCCGGUUGUUGCGUAGAAAGUAUUUGAUAGACGAGAUUAUGAUGCGUGAGACAGAUUUCGGUACGCGAGAGGCUUUGGCGAGUUUGCAGUUAUUAAAGGGUGAUAAAAGUUUGAAUUGGUUGGUGGAUAUAGAAUUGAAAGGAUUUAAGAGAACAAAGUGA